GUGAGUGGCAUCGGUGCCACAUACACUCACAUACGCAAGCAUAAUAUAUUAUUUGUGUUAAAAGUGAUUGCAGAAAGAAGUGUAGCAACGUAUUUCAAUUUGUGUGGCAGCGUUUGCAAUCGUUAUUUGCAAACAACUUCAGUAACUCAUAAAUGCAUCGCCGAGCAAGCGAAACGCACAAUCGCAUGAAAUUCUAAUAGGACAAUAGCGUCAGUGCGAGAAAAGGCACUGGCAAGGGCCUUUUUUUGGCGCAGUGUUGCGGGAUAUGACGGCGCGGACUCAUCAGGAUGAGCGCAUCUGCUCGGGUGGUAUGGUCGAGGACGAAGCAAUUGCCGCCACUUACCACAAUUUGCCACCACACAGUCCGGAAUAUGCCAGUUUUCUGGCACAUCAGCAACAGCAACAACAGCAGCAGCAACAACAACAACAACAACAACAACAACAACAACAACAACAUUUGUUGCAUCAACAGCAACAGGGCCAGGCGCAGGGGCCAUUGAUGUGGCCGCCACACAUGGGUGUUCAAUUUCCCCCACAUCACCCCCACCCACCACAUCAUCAUCAGCCACCUAUGAUACCACAACCACAGCAAGCUCCAUCUGCACACGUCUAUAAUGAAUAUCUGUACAACUUGGCAUACUCCGGACCACCUGGUCAAACCGAAACGUACUCCGUAUUGCCUGUUGGUCAUGGCAAUUUUCUUAAGGUUUAUCACUGUCCCGAGAAUGCUGUCAACGAUGUUUACGCUCAGCAAGCGGCGGCCAAUUUCUCGCAUAUCAACAUGGCACCAAUGAACCAGCAUCAACAUCAUCAAGUAGCGGCCACGGCUGCACAGAACCAGGCACAGGCGCAGCCGUCAGCAGCACAGCAGACACCACUUUAUGAAUUGUUUGCCACCAAUCCGUUACUGCCAAAGCCCGAGAUGAAUAUUGUAAACCAACAGCAGCAACAGCAACAACAGCAACAGCAGCAGCAGCAACAGCAGCAGCAGCAGCAGCAACAACAACAACAGCAGACACCACAAUUCCAUCAGGUUGAUGAUGUUCCCGCGGCAGUCUCUACUGCUGUUGCACCGAGCAAUAGCGCAAAUUUGUUUAUAAAUAAUCUUGUAAAUAACUGGUCGCCAAAUCUAACGGGUAGCAGUUAUAUACAGUUUGGUGGCGAGCCACCCGAAAACGCUAACGCAUAUGUUGAAGCCACGCCCAUAGAAUUGACAACGCCACCACAGCCGACUUCACCUGUGAAGUUACAGCAGCUGCAGCCCAUGGCUGAGUAUCAUGCUAAAGUCGUGCCGCCCAAAAGCACAGUGGAAGUAGCUCCUGGAAACUCUGGCAACAAAGAAGUCAAUCCGAAUCCAACUUUAAGCACUACAACAACUACAGCAGUUGCAGCAGCAGCUGCAGCAGCAGCAGCAACAGCAACACCCACUGCGCUGAAAAAAGCGCCAAUAGUCGUGCCAGGCUUGAGCGAGGGCAAAAGACGCAUUGUAGCCGAAGUAAAACCCAUGCCCAUGUCCUAUUCAGAUGUUUUGAGCAAGGGCAGCACAUUGCGCAGCUCGGGCACAAUGCUUGCCAGAAGCAAUUCGGGUAUUGAAACACGUUCAGUCAACAACUUGGAGAAUGGUCAUCCUACGCAGCGACGAGGAGGCAAGGAAGAUGGCAAUGGCAACGGUAAUCGGGAGUUGCGCAAUAAUUCCAAGCGCUCGCCACUACACGAAAUCAAGGAUGGGUCCGGCAAUGCCUCAGGACAUCGCAGCAAGAGGCGCCAGCAGUCGAAUCAGGGAGCACAGCAAAAACCACAACAAGCGCCAAUACAACAACAGCAGCAGCAGCAACAACAGCAGCAGCAGCAACAACAGCAGCAGCAGCAACAACAGCAGCAGCAGCAACAACAGCAGCAGCAACAACAACAGCAACAACAACAACAACAACAGCAGCAGCAACAACAACAACAACAACAGCAGCAGCAACAACAACCACCGCCCCAGCAACAGUCGCAGCCACCGCUCAGGUCUGGUAAACCGAAUGCCGAUAAGAAGCGUCCUGGCCAAAUGAAAUUUAUUAACAACACGAGCAGCAACAACCAAAGUGGAUUCAGCGCCAAAACCAACGACAACAAGGUAACUAAUAACAACAGCGGCAACAGCAGCUUACCCAGCAGCAGCAGCAACAGCAGCAGCAAUAACAAUUUAUCGAGCCGGAAGUCAAACAACGGUAGCAACAACAAUCGCAGCAGCAGCAGCAUCAACAAUAGCAGCUCGCAUGCACAUUUCUCGAAUGCCAAUUCGAAUAAUUCCAAUAAUUCAUCUGGCUCGAGCAACAGCAACAGCCACCACAACAACAUCAGCAACAGCAACAGCAACAACAAUGGAAAUUCCUCAUCAUCGAAACGCUACUCCGGCUCAUCGAAUGCGAAUUUAAAUUCCAAUUCUAGCUCGUACUCGUAUUCCUCGAAGCGCAAUCGAGGUGGCGCAUAUGGGUCAUCCAAUUCACCAGCGCAUGCGAGCACCUCGAAUCGCAAUUAUGAGCUAGCCAAGCGAAUUUUGCACACCUGGUGGAUAUACACGCUCAAGCUGAUCACCUGGCUCUUCUAUUUGGUCUAUGAUAUUGUUGUGCUCGGUUGCAGCAUGGCGUACGAGCGGCUGACCACAGCGUAUGUGGCAGGCGUGGCUUAUGCUCGCCAGCUGCACAACGAACUGAAGCAGAAUUCCGGCAAGCCGAGCAUCUGGUGGCGCAACUAUUGGCGUCGCUUUGAUGCACGCUUCAGAAAAAACUCACGUUGGGCAUUUUGGCGACGCUUCUACAAGCGCAAGCCGCCUGAGGCUAGCGCGGAGGCAUUUAAAACGGGUCGCCUGCCACAGACUGGCGAAGAGGCCAUGUACUCGCUGCUGAACUGCAAGGGCAAGGAUGCCUACAGCAUAUUGGGCGUGCCGCCGGAUAGUCCACAGGAGCAAAUACGUAAACACUAUAAGAAAAUUGCCGUGCUGGUGCAUCCGGAUAAAAACAAACAGGCGGGCGCCGAGGAGGCAUUCAAGGUGCUGCAGCGUGCAUUUGAAUUGAUUGGGGAACCGGAAAAUCGUCUUGCCUAUGACCAAAGCAUUGCCGAGGCAUUGCACGCGGAAAAGGCGUGGACGGAGCUGCACGAUUUGCUAUCGCAAUUGCAAACCAAAAUGACCGAGGCGGCCAAUACUAUAAGAUGUAGCACCUGUGCGCAGCGUCAUCCUCGCAAGCUAACUGAACGUCCUCAUUAUGCGGCGCGCGAAUGCGCCUCCUGUAAGAUACGGCACUCGGCCAAGGAUGGCGACAUAUGGGCGGAGACGAGCAUGCUGGGUCUGCGUUGGAAAUAUUUGGCGUUAAUGGAUGGCAAGGUCUAUGACAUAACUGAAUGGGCCAACUGUCAGAAGGGUGCGCUGUCGCAUCUAGAGCCCAAUUCGCAUAUGGUACAAUAUCGCAUUGUGCGCGGCGCUCAGCAGCAACAGCAGCAGCAACAACAACAGCAGCAGCAGCAACAACAGCAGCAGCAGCAACAUCCACACCAGCAGCAACCACAGUCGCAUGCACAUCAUACGGGCGGCCCAGCCAGUGGUGUCAGUGAGGCCACGUUGCAUGAGUUUCUGGAUAAUCUGUAUAGCGGCCAACAUCCGGGCGCGCCCAAUGCCACGCCCUUUGCCGGUAAUGCACGUCGUCGCACUCGUCGCAACUGAAAUCGUUUUGUGGCAUAGACAUAAGUGUUUUUAAAAUCUCCAAUUUGCAGUUUAACAGUAAUAAGCAAGGCGUCGUUGGCUGCUUACUCACAUAGAUAAACUCUAAUAGGCCAACAUCAGCGCAACCAUCUCCCGUUUUACAAACACACACACACACACAAUAACUCUAAUAGACCACAAUCGAAACAGAUUAAGUUUUAUAAUAACUCUUCUUUACACAAGUACAAUGACUACCAAUUGCUGUUAAUAAUUUUUAUUUUGAGAAUUUUUGUUUUUAAUGGUCUUGCAUAAGUUUAAGGGCAUUACGAUUGCCCAUCACUUAAGUAGUUGACAUCUGUGUUCUACAUUUUACUUUUUGCCUACCGCUUAUGGACAGCUUAACCCGCUUAGCUCAUAGCAAACAAGCCUAGUUUUAAGUUAAAAUUAUAGACCGCAGCCGGAUUAUACGCCACGCACCACGGCGUAUAAUGCGCGAAUAUGUAAAAUCUAACACAUCCGAAUUAUAAAUGUUAAUAAAAACCAUAUAGAGACCCUAA